AUGUGGAUCCGUUAACUUACACUGCUUGCGAACCAAAGGCAUGAAUCGACUAGCCAAGAUCAUCGAAUUCAACACACCCUCAAUCGUUUCGCGGACUUCAAAUAGAGUGGACGUAGUUUCGGUUUGAUCCCGCUCGGUGAUUCUCCUGUAUACCUCUACAGUAUGGGUAGAAUCUUCUUGGAAAAUUGUGUUAAAUAGUUAUUGAUGAAUUACAAAAAAAAUCAGUUGUGAAAUACCGUAAAAUCGGUUUAUUCUGACAAGAAAUAAAGAGUGGAUUUAAAUAGGCGAUAUAGUGUGAAGAAACAGAAGGCAGCGAAUAACAUAAAAGAGUUCCAGCGGAACACCUCAAAAGUGUUUCAUAUAGAUUGAAAGUCACUAUUACCAGAAAGCAUGCCUGGCGAAUCGAAAACUACGGCGGAACCGGUUCCGGCUGCAACAAAACCCAGCACACCGAAGAAGGCUGCCACAUCCGGCAAAGCAGCAUUAGCGAAAGUCACAGUUCUGGAUGGUUCGAUAUUGGAAGUGACCAUUGAUCGUAAGGCCCGCGGACGAGACCUCCUGAACUCAGUUUGCGCCGGACUUAACAUCCUCGAGAAAGAUUAUUUCGGUUUAACCUACACAACGGCCGCCGAUCCACGAGUAUGGUUAGAUCUGGAAAGACCAGUGGCCAAGUUCUUCCGGUCCGAUUUGUGGGAGCUAAAUUUCGAAGUGAAAUUCUACCCACCGGAACCGGCUCAGCUGCAGGAAGACAUCACUCGGUAUCAUUUGUGUCUGCAGGUGCGCAACGACAUUCUCGAAGGACGACUUCCCUGCUCGUUUGUCACCCAUGCCCUUCUGGGUUCGUACCUGGUGCAGUCGGAAUUGGGUGACUAUGAUCCGGACGAAAUGAAGGAAAAGACCUAUCUGAAAGACUUCAAGAUUGCACCCAACCAAACACCGGAACUGCUGGAUAAGGUGAUGGAUCUGCACAAAACACACAAGAGUCAGACUCCCGCAGAAGCAGAACUGCAUUAUUUGGAAAACGCUAAGAAACUGGCAAUGUAUGGAGUCGAUCUACAUCCCGCGAAAGAUUCUGAAGGUGUAGACAUUAUGCUUGGUGUUUGCGCAUCAGGAUUACUAGUUUACCGAGACAAGCUUCGAAUUAAUCGCUUUGCAUGGCCCAAAAUUCUGAAAAUCUCCUACAAGCGGAACAAUUUUUAUAUCAAAAUUCGCCCGGGAGAAUUCGAACAGUAUGAGUCGACAAUCGGAUUUAAAUUGGAAAAUCACCGCGCAGCUAAGAAAUUAUGGAAAGCCUGCGUCGAGCACCAUACUUUCUUCCGACUCAUGACACCAGAACCGACAUCUAAGGCGGGCAUCUUUCCUCGACUGGGAUCCAAGUUCCGUUAUUCUGGCCGUACACACUACGAGACGCGAAAAACUCCCGUCGACCGUCCGGCACCGGAUUUCAAGCGCAGUCUCACUGGGAAACGACUUUCAAGUCGAAGCAUGGAUGCACUGGGUCAGCAAGAAAAGGAAAGGGCUGCCCAGAAAGAUCCCAAUAAGGAUGGUAGCAAACGACACACGAUGUCACAUCCACCGGAUCAUAUCCCUGAUCUGGAAUCACCAAACCGUGGUUCACGGUCCCCGAUCAAAAAGGAUAAAAAGGAACGCCUGAAGCGCGAAUCUAGUACUGGAACUGCUUCAGCGUCAUCACAGAGCUCACUCGAGGGUGAUUACGAUAUCGCUGCGUCGUCUUCUAACGUUGUUCAGAGCCAGAAACCAAUCGGUGGUAUAGCAGUUCUUCCUGUGGUGGGAAAGAAAGAUAAGGAAAAGACCGAGAAGGAACCAAGCUCUCCGGUGAAGGAUGAUGUUGUUAACGGUAACAAUGGAAACCAGGAAACAUUAAAUUCAUCUACCGAGGAGAAGACAUCACCUGGCGGAAAACGAAAAGGCUUCCUGUUUUCAUCCGGGCGAAAGUCACCGAAAGAGAAAAAAACUCCGGGUUCCACUCCGGUAACAGCUACCAACGGGGAUGGUAGCAAAAAAGGUACGCCACCAGUGAAAGAGCAAACACAGGCGCAAGCACAGAGUCAGAAAAAACAGGAUGGUAGUAAACCAGGAUUCACUAAACCGUACGAGUACUCGGAAAGCGAUCCGAACACUAGUCCCAACAAGAAGAAUGUCAAGACGCGUGGUUUCCGGUACGAUGAAGAUCCGGUUCAGAAUGCCCGCGAUAAAGAGGAUGCACAGUUGAGUCCGAACUCGCAAAUUCGCCGAGCUACCGGGCUGGCUUUCAACUAUGCUCCCGGAGAAGACGCGAAGGUGAGAGAAUCGGUUGAAAAAAGAAAAACACCUGGGUUACCCCACGAAGAUGCGAAAAGAGAUAAACUUUCGCCAGAAGGCACAGCCAGAGGAUUACCCGGAGAAACAGAUGCUGAGACAGGUGUAAGAACCAGUGCCCGGUCAUAUUCACCAAACAAAGGACGUUCGGGUGAUGCGGCUUUGAGUGGUGCCGGGAUGUUCCGUCCAUUGGAUGACGGUAAUGAUCCAAAUGCCGCGUUUAUAAGCGGCGAACAGGCUGGUAAUUUUGUACCAGGGGCGGCUGUCACGGAACCGGCAAAGAAAAAGGUAAAAAUUAUGGUGAUUAUAUCGAAGUAUGAUCCAAAAACCAAGAAAGUCGAUACAGCACACGGAGUGGUUGAACAUUCCACGGGUGUGUUGGAUACCAAAACCGGGCAAAUUGAAAGCAAAUACGGUCUGAUUGAUCCCAAGGCUGGCACUGUUGUCAAUUUCAAUCCACGAACUGGACAGAACGAAACUUUCCAGGGUCAGACUGAUCCCAAAACUGGUCAGAUUCAUGUGGUCGGAAGUGUUGUUGAUCCCAACAGCGGUAAAUUGGAUGAGAGUUUGGGUCAAGCUAUUAUUGUCGCUCCCGAUGAUGACUUGAUUGUGGAAAUUACCGCGAUUUCAAGCAAAAUAGAUCCUGUCACUGGAAAAAUUGAUACAACCAAUGGAGAAAUCGAGAGAACGCGUGGCGUUCUGAAUAGCAAGACUGGCGUCAUUGCCACAAAGUAUGGGGAGAUCAAUCCAAAGACCGGCGAGUUGAGAACUAUAGACCCGAAGAACGGCAAAGUUAUCACACGUUCCAUUGCCGUGGAUAACGACAACGGUCAAAUAACUAUUAUUGGAGUAACUGACCCGAAAACCAACAAAGUGGAUAACAGCCAAGCUUAUUUGGUCGCUAUCGGAAAUCAAGUGGAUCCGGUUGUAGAGGUCACAUCAGUUUUGGGGAAACUUGACAAGAGAGGUAUCAUUGAUCCCAAGACGGUGGUGUAUGAUAAGAGCACAGGUCAGCUUGACACUAAGGACGGGAAGGUGAGCACGAAGUUUGGCCAAUUUGAUUUGGUUAAGCAGACGGUUACAUUAAUUGAUCCAAAGUCAGGCAAGACCGAAACGAAGGAAGUCAAAAUCGACCCAGUCACCGGCCAGGUGAUACUGAAGAACCAAGUUAAUCCAAAAACAGGCAAGACAGAUAAAGAUUACGGAAGAAUUAUUUCCAUUCGAAUUGUUCAUAAUCGAAUUGAUCCUUCAAGUGGAAAACAUGUUUCGACGGUUGAAGAUAAAGACAUCAAAGUUGAUCCAAAAACCAAUCAAAUUUGGAUUCCAGAUGGAAAGGAUCCAAAAACUGGUGAAAUAAUUUAUACAUCAAGCCAGAUCGAUCCAAAGAGUGGAUAUGUUAUCACUAUCUAUGGCUAUCUGAAUUCUAAAACAAAUGAAAUCGAGAAGCAAACAAAAUUAGACCCUAAUCUGACCAAGGUCGAUCCAACCACUGGGCAGGUGUACUCAGCCACUGGUUUGGUAGAUGAAACAUCCGGUGAGCCGCUGUUCGCUGCUUCGCAGAUUAACAAUGAGAACGGGGAAAUCUACACGAAGGUUGGAAAAAUUGAUUCCAAUACCGGUCGAUUGGUAAUCAUCAAAAUUCUGAUCCUAACUAAAAAAGACGAACGAGGUAAACCAGAAGAGGUAGACUUAAACGCAGUGGAUCUUGAUCCUGCUACCGGUAAAAUAAACAAUAUCGCUACAAAGACUGUAUACGUGUACAAGAUGCGCGAUCCGAUCACGGGCGAAACCUACCAGGUUGAUCCGAACGAUCCUAGCAUUGCAGGAGCUCGAACAACUGUUACCCAGACUAUGACACUAAGUGGAGAAAUUGAUCCCGUUACUGGUCGAAUCAAAUCCGAAUGGGGUCAUAUUGAUCCGAACACUGGAGACAUUGAUCCUGCUACGGCAAUCCGUGACCCGGUGACAGGAAAAAUGAUCUUAAAUUAUGCCGACAUCGAACCGAGCCAUUUUGGCAAAAAUGUCACCGUCACUAAGGAAACGGUCCCGAUCACGAGGGAACAGUUCUACGAAGGUAUCAAACAUCUCGGCAAGAAAGCGAUUCGACGGGACUCGGAAAGCUCCGAUGACGAUAUGGCACAAUACGAAAGCGAAAGUAUCAAGGAUAUGAAUUCAGGAACACCCCGUGCGGGUGCCACGGGGAAAUACGGAACUCCCACCGUGGUGAAAACGACAACGAAACAGGUGAUCACGAAAAACGAAGAUGGAGUGACGCACAACGUAGAGGAAGAGGUACAAAACCUGGGCACCGGCCAGAUCGUUUAUUCAACACAGGAGCAUAAGGCUGAUGCCCCAAGUGACAUUCAGGGGAAAUUCUUAACAGCUACUGCCGUCACGACACGUACCGCCACAACCCACGAAGAUCUCGGUACCAACGCCAAAACACAGCAGCUGGAAGAAAAAACGGUCGCAACCACUACGACGCAGCACGGCGAACGGCAGGAACAACGAGUGAUUACACAAGAAGUUAAGACCACGGCUACGGUAACCAGUGGGGAUCAGUAUGCUCGCCGUGAUAGCAUUUCAUCGACGAGUUCCGGUGACUCCGGAACACCAAUCGAUGGUCCGUACGAUGGCGUUGAAGAUGAUUCUACCGUAAUCUACAACAAAAGUUAUACGGGAGUUGACGACGUAACUGGCGCUUCGAAGAUACCAACCGGUCCUAAUGUAGAACAUCACCGGGUUUUGUUGGAUGACAACAACGAAGGAGUGUCUGCUGAAGGAGAAAUUGUGUCCAGUCAGACAGUUAGUAGUAAAACACGAACUGUAGAAACGAUUACCUAUAAAACGGAACGAGAUGGUGUUGUAGAAACGAGAGUGGAACAGAAAAUCACAAUCCAAUCUGAUGGUGAUCCAAUCGAUCAUGACAAAGCGCUAGCUGAAGCCAUACAGGAAGCAACCGCCAUGAACCCGGAUAUGACUGUCGAGAAGAUCGAAAUUCAGCAGCAAACGCAGUAAACCCGAUCGUACAAUAAUGCCUUCAGAGUUGCAUUUCAGUUACGGACUAGCGAAAAAGUAUGCUUCAGUAACUCACUCGAGGAGAUACUGGUUUCCACGCUAAAUCUCUGAAAAAAAAACUAUCAUCACAACAGUAUCGGGGAAACUCAAUUUGUAUUUCUUUCACUGGUUGAUUUUAAGCUUGAAAGAAAAAGUCGGAAUUCAGUCAUGCGCUAAAAUGAGGACAGUUACAAACAUAGGCUAAGCAUUUAUUAAUUUUAAAUAAACAUAAAAUCAAGAACAAAUUUUUUGAGGAGCAAACAAAUACAAUCAAACUGUUUGAUGUCUGAUGAUAUAAAAUGUUGUUCGCUAAAGAUAAUAAGAAACAAAAACAAGCAAAGCGAAGUUGUUGCAAAAUAUUUAACAAUAUUUACACACCUAAGAGAAUGAGAAGCUUUUAUUAAUUGACAAAAAAAUAUAUAGUAUAAAGCAAGAAAAUUGACAAAUCGAAUGUUUGCUUUCAAUGUUUUACGUUAGCAGGCACCCGAGUCGGAGCCUUAAUCGUAACUUUAUCGAAUAAGUGAACGUUUUCUUUUCUGGACAUCACAAUGAAUAAUAACCACGAUCAAGCGCAAAUUACUACUACUGCUGAGCGUCGCAAAAGAAAAAGAAACAAAUGUACCCAAACUGUGGUCCUCAUGUCUACUACUAGUGAUUGUACCUACACAUCGUAGCUAAAUAUACAGUAAGCAUAUACGCGUUACCGGAAGACGGUAACAUUUUUUUUCCAAAUUUAUCCUUUCUAUCGUAUUAAAUCAGAAUUUUGGCAGAAACUUUUCCCUCUUGCAAAAGUAGAAUCCUACAGAUGUUUCUAGCUGAUCGUAUUUAACGAACGAAAAAUGCCUGCGUGUUCAUUGAAUGGAUCUGUGUUGAUGGCAAGUCUAGUUAUGAUGGAACAGAUAUUGUCAUUGAUCAUUUUUUCGAGAGUAGUGUUCUAGAGUGAAUUUACAAUGUUGGCGACGUCGUUAUUAAUGCCAAAAACAUGCAGGAGAAGACGCUGCGAUCGGCAUCACAAUUAUUAUGUUUUUUUUUAGUAUUUCAUUUCUUCCUAGCAAUAGAGGAAUAUAUUCUUAAUCCCUUUAUUAUGUAUGUUGUCUAUGUGUAGAGUGUCUAUCGAUUUGUGUUUCUAUUUAUUUUCUUAUUUUAAUUAACAUUCCGAAACAAAAUAAUAUGGUUACAGCCGAAAACGUACUAAUUGCUAACUUAUUUCUUUUUUUUUUACUUGUACGUGAAGCUUUCAUCGACACCGCAAAUUGAACUGGUAGCAUCAAGAUAUUAUUAACGAUUGAAACACAUAUUUAUUAUAGUUUGCUUGAGUUGUAACAUCUUUUAGCAGAAGUGUGCAUUGGCUCGCCAAAUUUGUAAAGUUUCGAUAAGGGUUGGUUCUCAUCCACGAAUCGUAUCAUUUGUUAACGAAAUCAAAUUAGCUUGUGUCGUGUCAAAUCAAACUGUUUUGUUUAUUUUCACCACACAUUGCAGAUGGUGACACCGGGCAGUUUAUGUUUCGUCUUGAUUUAUCUGUCUAAUCUGAUGAUUCAGUAUGUUGAAAAUUAAACAUAAAAUAAUAUAUAAUACUUUAGCUUAGUUUGAUAGGGUCCUUUUUGUUGACCCUUUCUUUUGCAAUCAUUUUAUUAUUUUUGUUCUAAGAGAGAUUUAUUUACGACAAAUUAUGAAGUGAGCCUUUGAAAUAUACUGUAUGUUUAAUUUUUGAACGCCAUUUUAGAUGUCAGCGUAGUAAAAAAAUGAACAUUAAUCAAGCAAGAAAAGUUAGGUAUCAAACAAUACACAUGUGAUUGAUUAUUAAACGGAAACAUCAAACAGAAAAAAUCGAUGAAUGACAAUGUAAGAAAAUGCAAUUUGCAGCUUUGCUAACGAUUAAUAUGUGCAAGUAAGCAAAGUGGACGUAUUGCUGACAUUCGCCGAAAGGAAAUAAAAUGGUUAAGUCUAGCUUAUGUGGCAAAAAACACCA